GUUAAACGUCAGCCUUUCAAGACACUUCCUUCACUGAUUCACAAAACUGCCUUGCGAUAGAACCAGUCACUGCCUAUAGAUAUCCGUCUUCUACCACAGAUCAGUCCCUUGCAUGUAGAGAUACAUACCUAAUAUAUAUUGCCCGACAUCAACCUUAACACGCCGACACAACUCCGAACCCACCAAAGCUCACCAAAUCACACACAUCACCAUGAAAGAUACCACCUCAAACCUCUCGUCCAUCAUGCGAGUGAACCAACGAGAAGGCUUCCAUACUUCCUACAGCUCGUCCCUCGUCUCGCUUGCUCCAGGUGCUCUCUUUGCUCGCACUACUUGCCCACCCAUGACGCUCACGUCCACUGCACGUUGGUCGUCGGUGCAAGUUUCGGAGAAUCAGCACAUUGAACUAAACACCGACUUGGUCUUCAUCAACCACAGCUGUGAACCGAGUCUGGAAUUCCACGUCGUCUCGGACUCAAAUGAUCAACCGGUCAUCGAGCUUCGCGUGGCCAAACGGGUCAAUGAAAAUGGUCGCCCCAAGGGACUCAGUGUCGGCGACGAACUGACCUUCUUUUACCCCAGCACCGAGUGGGAGAUGCAGCAAUCCUUCAAGUGUCUUUGCGGGACAAAGUCCUGUCACGGUGAGAUUCGAGGGGCAAAGUACAUGACGCCGGGGCAGUUGAGGGGGUAUUUUAUCAAUGCCCACAUUGAGGACUUGAGAAGUGUUCCUAAUGGUGAUGAGAAGAAGGGAGCGUAGGUAGUGGACAAAGAUAGGGAGAGAUAUUGACCUGGCGGUUGAUAUUAAGACUGCUCUCUGUGUAGUGAAGUCAAGUCAUGCG